AUGGGAAUAUAUUACAAAUUUGCGAGUGCUAAAGAUUUUAGUGUGAUCCCAAUUGAUGGUUCUGCUGUCUCUGUUGCCGCAUUCAAACGAGCAAUCUUUGAAUCCAAAUAUAAAUCUAAAAAGAAGUCUGAUUCUAAUGGAUUGUGUUUGGAUACUGAUUUAGAUUUUAUAGUCGUUAAUGCUCAAACUAAUGAACAAUACGAUGAUGAUUCAAUGUUAAUUGCUAAUCAUAGUAGCCUGUUGCUUCGCCGUGUUCCUGGAACUCGGCGUCGCAAACCCAUUGAUACUAGCACUAUAGUGUUUCUUGAACAGCAGAUACCCAUGAGUUCUUUAUCCAGGAAUACCACUGCAGCUAAUGGUACCCAUUCUGUUUCUGGGUCAUCAUCUACAAGUACUGUAACUUCAGAAUCUAGUCAAGACUCUGGAUUUUAUUCUUAUGAUCAGACAAUUCCUGGGCUUGAUGAGGAUAGCAAGAUUAAGGCUUUAGUCAAUACUCCAGCCCUUGGCUGUCAGUUUUCGAGUUAUAGAAGAAUGGGUGCUGGAAUAUUAGAGAAGAAAACACCUCCGGAGGGCUAUUUUUGUCGCAGAUGUCAUGUUCCAGGCCAUUUUAUACAACACUGCCCAACUAAUUCUUAUCCUAAUUAUGAUUUCAAAAGAAAGAAGACUGCGUUUGCAGCUGCUUUUUUACAACAAAAUGAGGCUGCUUUUGAUAAGCAAUUUGAAUGCCUAACUUCAAAGAGAUCACAAGGGUCUUCAAGCGAUGUUCCACCAGAACUCCUCUGCACUUUGUGCAAGCAAGUGAUGAAAGAUGCUUCAUUGACUAGCAAAUGCUGUUUCAAUAGCUUUUGUGAUAGGUGUAUUAGGGAUCAUUUGAUAAACUCUAAGUUGAAAUGUGUAUGCGGAGCAACACAAGUACUUACAGAUUCUCUUAUUCCUAACAUCACACUUAGAGGUACGAUUAACCGAAUUUUGGAGGUCGGUGUUCAUGGUAAAAGUAGCAGUGCUGAAAAUUCAACAUCCAAGGUAUCUUCAACUGUACUGUCCGCUGCUGAAUUAUCUGUGAAAGAUCAGAUAUCAUCACUUGAUUAUGCAGAAGAUACGGGAAAUAAGAGGAAGCCUGUUGAUGCUCCAAACUCUAUCGCUAAGAAAGCCAGAACUGCAAUCGGGUCAAUGGAAUUGGAGGAGGUAACAUCACAAGGAAGUGUGCAAGCAGCAGCAGGAGUGCAUCAGAAGACGGUCGCAGUCGAGGAAGUGGCGCAGGAAAAUGCGGUUGCGGUGAAGAAGAAAGUGCAGCAAAAGAUGGUUUCUGGUGAGAAAGGAAAGAAAAAGAAAGACAGGAGAAGUAGUGAAGAUGUUGAAGUUGGAAGCUAUAUGAUUCCAGAUGCGUUCUGUGCAUAUAAUCCAUAUCCUUAUUGGGCUGGCAUGCAAGCUGGGAUGGAGGGAUUUUAUUAUGGUGGUGGCAUGCCUUAUGGCUCUUAUGGGAUGCAACUUGGAGGGCCAUCUUCUUCUCCCCUUACUGAGAAUUGGGCCCCUUCUCCAAGGGGACAUUAUGAGUUUAACUGUGAUGGUGCUGUGAAUGUGAGUAAUGGGAUGGGUAGUGUUGGAGUAAUGGCUGAACUCACUUGGAAUCUGCCAUUGCUUGUGCAGCAGAGAGCAGUGUCCUGGCAUUCCCAACCCUUCAAUCUUUGA